GGGAAAGUGGACGCUAUUUAAAUACCACCAUACGAUAUAAAGUUAUUAUUUAUUGUUAUUAAAUACAAUUGCGUUGAAAACAAUGAGAUUUGAUAGUAAUUUCCGUCGGCCGACGUUGCGAAAUUUGGCGACACUUCGAACAAUAUGUUCGUAAGAAAAGUUACCGAAUUGAAACGGCGGACGAUGCAUCAUGCACACGUGAUUUUUCGACUUGUCCUGCGUUCGUCGUAGUCUGUCACACUGCCGUGUCUACUGUACUACUCGCAGCAUCCUCUCAUCGUCGAGAAGAGUCCUUUAAUCCUUGCCUGUACGCAAAAUGGUCCGACCAGCCACGUUGCUCUGUGUCUGGGUCUUUGGACAUUGCGGACUUUACGGCUCGUUCGCGGGCGCCGUCGUGGCCAAAUCCACAACAAACGGUUCGUCGACCACGAAUCUCCGGAACAGUAUCGACGGCUUGGAAACCAGUCAGACCCGAGUCAACCAGGUGGACGGUUACCGGGUUACGGGUUCAGGUUCGGACAACCGUGUAUCAGGAAAAGAUUACAGUGGUGGUCCGGCUGGCGGUUAUCCGGUGGAAAACUCAUAUGGCCCACCCAAGGACUACUACUACGACGAACGACCCGAGUACUUCAGCCCUUACGAUCAGGCUAGUCACCACCUGCAGAGCAACGGGCCACCACCAGAGGUGAUUUAUCAUCAGCAUGCCAAUCCACAUCUACAGCAUCAUCAACACGGCGGUGGAGAGGUCCAUCACUCCGGAGAGUUGAACGUACAGCCUUUGUUGUGGCCUUUGGCCGGAAUCGCACUGCUCGGAGUGCUGUCGGCCCUCGUCAAAACCCCUUUGCUGUUGCAGUUGGGCCACAUAGGCCGCCGUCGCCGCCGGAGACACGCGAACGACGGCGACGGAGGAAUUGCCCCGGAAACGAUCAAAUUGCUUUUGGAAAAGUUCAACGCAGGGAAGGAACAACGUGGGGUAGAUCAACAAACGUGUUUGGUGUGCAACAUGGUGGAGAGCAUUUACCAUCAAAAGUACACUUGCGUCGAGAGGUCCAUCUGUGAAGUAAUGUCUCGGAAUGGACCAGGCGGGUCAGAAACAGACAAACGAUUGUUGACCACAACCAUCGCCCAAGUCGUUGGAAACGAUCAAAUCCCCGAAGAGUUCAAGAAACGUUUGGAAACGGCUGAGAGGAACGGCAGGAGUGGGUCAAACUGUAGACACUUGUAUCAGUGCGAAAACGGUUCACCGGCAAUGGUGCGCAAAUAAAUGAAAAACAAUAUCGUACAUAUAUAUGCUUACAUAUUAUAACACAGUAUAUUCAUUUUCGAAUUGUACAUAAUUUUUAUGAAAUACACAUUGCACAUUGAAAAAUUCGUCAACACAUCCAAUAAUUUUGACUAAUAAAAACAUAGUUAUAAUUAUUUAAAAAUAUAUAUUAUUUUUGUUGGUUUUGGUUUUCUUAUUAUUUUUUUUUAUAUAU